CCAGCAAAGCAAAUAAUGGACUUUUACUUUAGCUAGCUUUUUGAAUUUCCACUAUAUAUAAAAACUAAUCUUCCUUCAACUUAAUUUGCCCAUAACAGAAGAGGAGUUAGGACUUGUUUUGAGUUAGCUGAAACAAAAAAGAAAAAAAGGAAAAGAGGGAACUGAAGUGAGUGAGUGCAAGAGAGGAGAAAGAAGAGGAUGGAGAGGGAGGAAGAUGUUAAGAUUGGAGCAAACAAAUUCUCAGAAAGGCAUGCAUUGGGGACAGGGGCACAGAGUGACAAGGACUACAAAGAGCCACCCCCAGCACCCUUGUUUGAGCCAGGGGAGUUAAAGUCAUGGUCUUUUUACAGAGCUGGGAUUGCUGAGUUUGUGGCCACUUUCUUGUUCCUUUACAUCACCAUCUUAACAGUGAUGGGUGUGAAUAGGUCACCCAACAAGUGUUCCUCUGUUGGCAUUCAAGGUAUUGCUUGGGCUUUUGGUGGUAUGAUCUUUGCCCUUGUUUACUGCACAGCUGGAAUAUCAGGUGGGCACAUUAAUCCAGCAGUGACAUUUGGUCUCUUUUUGGCUAGGAAGCUGUCCCUCACAAGGGCCCUAUUCUACAUCAUCAUGCAGUGUCUUGGAGCUAUUUGCGGUGCUGGUGUAGUGAAGGGCUUUGAGGGCAAUGCUCGCUAUGAGAUGUACAAAGGUGGAGCAAAUUUUGUGAAUCAUGGAUACACAAAGGGUGAUGGCCUUGGAGCUGAGAUUAUUGGCACCUUUGUUCUUGUUUACACUGUUUUCUCCGCCACUGAUGCCAAGAGAAACGCUAGAGACUCUCACGUUCCGAUGUUGGCCCCUCUUCCAAUCGGGUUUGCUGUGUUCUUGGUCCACUUGGCCACCAUUCCCAUCACAGGAACUGGCAUUAACCCAGCUAGGAGUCUCGGUGCUGCCAUAAUAUUCAACAGAGACCGUGCCUGGGAUGACCAUUGGAUUUUCUGGGUUGGACCUUUUAUUGGAGCUGCCCUUGCUGCUGUAUAUCACCAGAUAGUGAUCCGAGCAAUUCCUUUCAAGACAAGGGGUUAAUCCUUCAUCAAUCUCUGCUCGUUUUGAAUUAUGUUACCUGGUGUUGUCUUCUUAUCUAUUUGGCCAAUUUAUGUGGAAUAUGUAUUUGUUUCUAAUCCAUCAUAUAUGUGUAAAUUAGGACUUAAUAGUUCCUACCUGUUGUUUGUGAACUGAACUGAGAGAUUCUUUCUUGCUAUUAUGCCCUGUGCCUCGUGCU